UCUCACAUCACCUCGUGCUCACUCCCCCAUCUCCAAUCCUCCAUCCAAAUCGAAUCCCUUAAUCGAUCACCUCCUAGCCUCCAAAUCAUUUUCCGGAAGCGAUCUCCAAAGAUCUCCAUCCAUCUCCCCAACUAUGUCCCUAGCAUCCGCUCCCAAGUCAUCUUUGUCUCAUAUGUUCCUCCAUCAUCUCUUCAAAAUGUUACACCCCUCUCUUUCUAAAAUUUAAAAUGACUAUUUUACCCUGGAAUUUAUUCAUCAAGCUCCACCGCAAUAUCGAUGAGAAUUAAAAACGGGAACUAAUGAUUCUAACUGUGUCGAAUUUCGAUAUAAAACGAGGAAGUUACGGACAUAGAUUGAGCCAAGUGAAUCUUGCUAAUUGGGCCGGUUUUAGUUGUGACUAGUAGCUAUGGGUUUUAAACUUGGCGUCAUUACAUGGCCCGACCUUAAGGGUGACGGGGCUGUAAGCCCAAAACGAAGGAGGAAGAGAAGAAGAGCAGGGGCGGCCUUCUUCCGACCCGUUGCUAGUCUAAAGGGGAGGAGGCCUUUUGGGCCUUGUGUCUUGGGAAGGAGAGAGGACGGGCUUGAGGCCCGAGUGAAACAAAGAAAGAGAGAAGAAGAGCAGGUGGCCUACAGAGAAGAGGAGGAAGCGACUGGGCUCGGUUUGGGCCCGAGAGAGAAGAGGGAAGGAAGAGUGGCCUGUGGCCCGGAAGGAGGAAGAAGAGAAUUCGUCUCCUCGUGGAUGGCCACCGACGAGGGAAGCUGAAGCAGAGUCUAGUGGCGGUUGGAAUUUUGCCAGGAAAUUAUGGGUAACGGAAGCAAUAAUCUUGGGGUUUUAAUUGGCGGUUAUUGGAGUGUUUUCCUUCUCAAUAAAGCUAAGGAAAUAUAGAGGAAGAGAGGCGAAAGAAACAAACUGGGAAAAUAGGGGACGAAUUGACGAGGAGGAGAGGAGCUCGGUGGUUUUCUCGUUGGCCUGAACCCGGAGUUGGAAUGAAGAGGACAAAGUUGUCCCUAAGAAGAGGAGGAAGGCGGUUUACCCAAGGUCGUGUGCGGGAGCCCAGGGACUUGAGGAUGGCGAGAGUUUUCCUCGUCGACUCCGACGUUGGCAUCGAUCCCGAUGUCGCUAGAGAGAAGGAAGAUUUGGCAACGGACGGGCCUCGAACUUACCCGCCGAAGCGGCCUUUGGUGUGGGCAGUCUGUAGCUGGCCUCCGAACUAGGGUGGGUUCGUUCCCAAUUUGUUGGAAAGUCAACGACAGUGGAACAAAGGUGAGCGUCGUUCCCAAUUUGUUGGAAACCAAUGGCAUCGAAUUGGAAAUUUGAUGAAUAGUCAGGGGCGUAUAUGUCUUUUUGGAGCUGGGGCAAUUUGGUAAAAUUUUGGAAGUUAAGGCGCCGUAAAGUAAUUGACCAGGCUUGGGGUGAGUUCGCAAUUAGUAAAUGUUUGAGUAUUGGAUUGGGAAUUGGCCUGGUGGACUAAAUGGUGCAGUUAUGAAAGAUUUGGACCGAAUUGGCAUGACCUAGGAAUUUCGAGUACCAUUUGGUAAUUUGCCAUUUGGGCAAAAAGGCAAUUUUCCCAUACUUUAGGGUGAAUCCUAGAAAAUAUUAAAUGGAGGAGAUUGGGAUUGAAAUUAACCAAAUUGAAGGUCAUUUGGUUAGUUACGCUUAGAGAUAAGUUAGUUAAGUUUUGCCUAAAUACUUAAUAGGAGGAAAUGCAAAAUGAGGCGAAGUACGAGGAGUUGGAGUGUGGAGUUUCGGAUGAUGACGUGGAUCAACAGGCAAUUAAGAAGGGUAAUCUGUUCAGGUGAGUGUAAAGGGGGUAAAAUUUCUGUCGAGGUCUUUUAGUUUAUGUCUUUAAUUCAGUUAUGUUAGUUAUUUUCAAGUAAGCGCGAUUAUGUGUGUGAGGCAUCCCACCGCCUACUUAAGGUGGAGGCACGCAUUGUGCUAUGUAUGUGAAUGUGUGUGGUUGUUGGUAAGAUGAACCCCUGCGUGGUUGGGCCACUACUGGACCCGGUAGAUGGUCGGAUCACUGCUGGACGGCGAGACGUAACGCAACAGUUGAUCGUGUAUGUUGGGGUCACUACCGGACGGCGAGAUAUAACGCAGUAAUUGACCGGGCAUGGACUGGACGGUGAGACGUAAUGCAUUUCCAUUGCCGAGUUUGGGUAUGCAACCAGAUGGUGAGACGUAACGCGGUUGGCAUACUAGGGUAGGACAUCGGAUGACGAGACGUAAUGCGGUGGUCCUAGUGUUUUGUGUUUGAUUUAAGGAUAGAAGUCGAGAACUUCUACGAGUUAAUGUUGAAAUGAGUUAUUAAGAAUGAAAGUGAGAACGACUUUCAUCUACGGAAAGGAAAUACUAAUAACGUGUUUUAGUAAGGAGUUUUCUUAGGGAAAAGACCUUAGGAAGUAACGACGAGACUGACCCCAUCUCACUCACCAGGUUGAGGAAGGGUUAGUAGGGGUGAAUUUCGAGAAGAGGCAAGGCGAGGCGAGUAGCUGCACUAGCAUUGAUGAGAAGUCAAGGAGCUCGUGAAGAGUCAGAGCUAGAAUAGUUUAAUUUCUAUGUUACAUGGUUAGGAGUAUAAACUGGAGAUUCUGAGUUAAGUCAUUUUAAGUAUUUGGAUUGUGAUUUGCCCAAGUGUUCGGGCUUUUUGUUUGAAAUUCUUAAACAUUGUCAGUUUGUUUAUUUUUUUUAAAGUUGUUUGGGUAGCUCUGGACUGGUUGUCACGCCAGUGGGCGUGCCACCGGUUCAACCUGGUUCAACCUGUACCGGUCAUAAAACCGGUAUGACACCACCGGUAUGACCGGCAUGAUCAAUAUACAAAUCUCCAAGUAAAAGGAUCUUAUCUUA